UUCCUUAGCUGUUGUUACGAGUAUCGUUAAAGAAUGAAGUACCUUUUCGUAUUCGCGCUCUUGGUGGGUGCUUUUGUUGCCAAUUCCUUCGCUGCCAAUGAUUAUCUAUGGGGUGAAAUCACUAGUAAGGACCAUCUGAUUUCGAAGGAGAGAGUCAGCAAGGGCUUCGUCGUGGGCCUCAGAGUAACAAAGAAAUACGUUUUUAAGCAAAAGGAUAAUCUAAACGCAUUGACAAUCACCGCCAUCAAAGUAAUCGAUAAGAAGAAAAGUGGUGCUAGUGUGACUUUGGUUAAUGGUGGUCCUGGUUGGAAGGGAGCUACGCUACUCUUUAAGUCGAAACGUGGUAAAGGCAUCAAGGAUGUUGUAGAAAUUUAUGGACAUUAAAUGCAUGUUUUGAUGAUACAUAACUAUAGUCUAUGUUGUUAGUGG